ACUCUGGUAUCCAAUAAUAUACAGAGAUUUACUCAGCAAAUCUGCAUCGACAGGGGCCAGCUUAGGUAGCUAUCACUUAUGUAUGUACAUCCGAUGGUGUCAGGCAUGGCAUGUUCCCCCCUCGUACGAGGAAGCUUCCGGGCCAAUGUUUAACACUCGAUUUGUUGCAGCUGCAGCUUGUGUAUGUGUAUGCGUCUCUAUGUACAACACCUAGAUAAAAGCAGGUUACCUUCCACGACAUCUUCGAGCUUAGCUUGUACCCCUUCUCACGAUGGAACCUCCGGUGAAGUAUCAACCGCGCCGAAGCAUCCUUGAUAGACCUAUACUCAUUGCUAUUCCCAUCCUAAUCGGGCUGUUCCUUACACGAUCACCUUUCUUCAUGACUGCUCCGGCUCUAGAUCCUGCCACGGCGGGCAGUGUUGUUUGGGCUGAUGCUCCUAUCAAGUUGGUGACAACUCCUCAAUUUGAGACUAAGAAGACCGAUAUAUUCACCACCGGCGCCACGCACAUGGCCCUCCUGCACAACGCUAUCCUCCGCGGUUACAACUCGGUGUACCAGCAAGCCCCGCACGUCAAGCCCGGCGACAAGGCCGACUUUAUCGGGUACGCUUUAACAUGGCACAAAUUUGUAGCCUCGCAUCACGACGACGAGGAAGCCACCUUAUUCCCCAAGGUCGAGGCCGUCCUCAACGAUAAUACUAUCUGGGCCGAUACUCACAAGGAACACGAGGCGUUCUUGGGCGGACUGGCCCAGUUCGAAAAGUACCUCCGGGGCGUAGAACCGAAGCCCUUGACGUUCGACGGCGCGGAACUAGUCAAGAUCAUGGAGUCCUUCCAGGAGCCCUUUGAAGCACAUUUCCACAGCGAGAUCGCGACCAUUGCCGCUUUAUCAGACCACCCAAACGCCCCCGCGCCAGGAUCCGCUGCGGCGGAAGAGGCUUCGGCUACGUUUAAGAGCUGGGGCAAGACGACGGUAACAAAGGCGGGGACCCUCGACGUGGUGCCGUUCUUCCUGUUGAACCUGGACGGCACGGCCGAGGACGGCGCGUGGGCGAACUGGCCGCCUAUCCCGGCUCCUAUCAAAUGGGGGCUCGUGAAUAUUGCUGGCGCGUGGCACGGCCGCUGGUGGAAGUUUAGCUCUUGUGCGGGAGGGCGGCCGAGGAAGCUGUACGCGCUGCAGUAGACUAGAAUUAGAGGACAAUGUAAGAGGAAGGGGUUGCUAGGGGGGUACGGAGGGAGAAGUAGAGGAGAUGGGGUUAAGUUGAAGUUAAAGCCUAACAAGGGAGGAGUAUUAUGAUACCCAGGUUGCUUGGAGUCAAAUGUUAUGUUGAUGACUUUUCAAAUACUGAUGUGUGGUUCCUUUCGUAUGAUAGCUAUAGCUACCUAGGUAGGUAGGCACUUAUACAAUGUACAAUGGUAUACUGGCAUUCCUAUUAGCUAUAGUCGAUGACUGGAGCAAUAAUAAUAGAUAAUCAUAGUCUAUUUAUUCCGUCCA